CUUGUCAAUAUCACGGAUUGAGCCGUUAUCGAAUCAUCCCAUAUCCGGUAUGUCGGGCACGAGCCGGCCAAUGAUACGGCCUGCUCAACAACCACAAGCUGGAGGAGGCUUGGUGCAGGGAUUGAUCAAGUCUCCGAGGAAAGGUUCUUUGUAUCUAGACUGGCAGGUUUAUAGUAGGUAUUGCGGCUCUGUCUACACCCACACUUGGUCGGUUUGAUAGAUUGUUGAGGGGGUUUCGUCCCUCCCUCCCUCCCUCCAGGCAUUUGGAGCUACAGUCAUAUACUUGCCACUCACCUUACUUUACAUGAAAUACCCUAGACAUAGUCAGACAGAUCUAGCGUGUCUCCUUCAAGUGCACAUAAAAGCACCAGGGGACCCCAUCCAAGAUUUUGGAAUUUCCCACAUCUUGUUUGCCCGAACCACAUCUGUAGCCCAUUCUCCCGUCUUGCUUUACAAUAGAAAGUGACGAACAGAUAGGGAGUACACUUUCUCAAUGCCGCUACAAGUCUUUGACAAAAACGGGAAUCCACAGGCCCCGGCUCAGCAUGGCGGCACUCAACACCGUCCGCCACAAGGGCAUCCCCAAGGUCACCCACAAGGACAACAGGCCGUUCCGCCAGCUCCACCAAGAAACAUGAUUCCGGUGGAUCUACAUGGAGGACCGGCAAUCAAGAUAUCAGAUAUCUCCCAAGACUUCAAAUCACAAUCAGAUAUGGAGUCUGAGCUCACGGAUUAUAAGGUAUUUCGCUUGGAGAAGAUGCUUGACAAAGACGCGCUCGACGACUAUGGCCAGCCAAAGUGGCCUAGCUGGGAGAAGGUAAUCCGGACUGAGGAUCGAAGCAUUUCGAAUCGGGUAGCUGCCAACAAAAUUCGGCAGCUGAAUUCAACGACAAAAGGCAUCAUCGACAAGAAAAACACUUUGACUCCGGCGUUAAAACGCCAAAUAGAUUCCACCCUGGAGGAUCUCAUGAAGCAGGAGCCAGAUCCAGUCCACUUCUGUUGGUCCUUAGAACAGAUUGAUCAUCAACUCAGACGGAUUGAGCCAUAUUACCCAGUAGCUUUGAACCCCCACCGUAUAUCUGUUCCAUCUGGAAAACAUCGAAACACCAACUCCUUCCUCUUCCCAUCGAAUAAGAGACCACACUCGGGAAACAGUAGUCAUAAGUCGAAGAAAAAGAAGAAGACUUAUGAGAGAAUAUCCUUAACCGCUUAUUUCAAGCGGGCCCCCCGCCAAAGUGUCGACAUUAUACAACUCUGGAGAGCGAGAAAGGCGAUGGCCGGAAUGUAUCAAACCCAGCCAGGAGUAGUGCACAAUGUCUUCCCUCAGGUGCAAGCCAACCAAGCUCAGUUCCAGGGGCAACAGCAACCACAUAGACAACAGCCCGGUCCGCCACCAAACCGGCCGCCUCCUGGCUCUCAUCCAAACCAAAACGCCCAUCAGCAUACCGGUGGCCAAGGACGCGGCCAUAAUCCGAGGGCAAUGCGACACAGCGGCUCCGAUUCUGAUUCUGAUGAUUCGCGAUACUCACGUGGUUCCUCAUCAGGGGGUUCCCGUGGCCGAACACAUACACCGCCAUCAUCAGUAUCUGACCGGGGCCACCGCCAGGCCAAGGACCGCCACACCCAACAUCGCCCUAAUGGUCCCGCAAAUCAACAUCGUCCGCACACCCCAAGGAAUGACCAGCAUAGAAGGGAUCAUCACAGGCGAGGUGGCAGUCCACCCUUUCCACACAUAUCUCUGCCGCCGCGUCGGCCCCCAUACCCAGUCUCCCAAGACUCGGGCUCAGUAGCAAGCCAUAUCGAGCGGAUACGCCAAGACGCGUACCGCCGCGGUCAAGUAGACGCUCGUCUAGAAGAACUAGUCUUCACAAAGGCACACGACCGCGGACGCCCCCACAUCGUACAAGAGCGCUCGUCGCUACACCCGCGGCGCAUGUACAGAGGACCUGACGAUCUGGACAUGCCGCGGUAUCUCUCGGGCCUCUCACUUGGGGACGACGAUUACGACGACGAAUAUGAGGAUGAUGAGUACCGCCGGGAAUUCGAGCGUCGCAAGCAGCAAGGGUCGAUUCUCGAGGAUGACCCCUUCGACCUCAACCCGCCGUCGCCGUCGUCGUACACUUAUUCGACAGACGCCGGGCUCGGUCGGGGCCGUAGACGCGUACCGCAGAUCAUUGAGAUCCCGCAGUCGCCGCGGCUGCGGCGGAGGCCGCCAUAUCCCCCUUGACGUGAUUUAUUGACUGAAUAAACGACAGAAGUAAAAACAUAUGCGGCAUGUCAAUUCCUAUAGUUACAUGAUCUGUUUUUCUUUACUCUUUUUGUCACUUGGUUGUGGUGCCUUCAUUAAGCGGAUGGUGAGGGCGAUGAAAAUUGUUACUUGGUGUUUGACCUAGCGG